AUGACUCUGAAAUACCUCAUUACUGGCGCCACCGGGGGCUUAGGGGAGCAAGUACUCAACUAUUUUGUCGCACAUGUUCCCGGCUCAGAGUUUGCCGCAGCGUCCUCCAACCCAUCGAACAGAGCACGGUUUGAAGACCGUGGAAUCGCCUUCCGCCAUGUGAAUUAUGACGACCAACAGUCCCUUGAUACAGGGCUAUACGACGUGGAAAACCUUCUGUUUGUGAGCACCAAUACUUUCGACAACGAGAGACGGGACAAGCAGCAUCGCCAACUCGUAGAUGCUGCGAAGAAGGCAGGAGUGAAACAUGUCUGGUAUACUUCUCUCGCCUUUGGUGGGUUCUCAGACGACUCUAAGGCUGCUGUGCAGCAGGUCCACCUCAUCACCGAACAACUUCUCAAAGAGUCUGGUCUCACAUAUACAUCCAUCCGAGAAGGCGUAUACACCGAAGCCUUUCCAGUCUUCCUAAACUGGUACCCCGACAGCACUACCGUGGCCCUCCCCGCCGACGGAGAAAUAGCAUUCACUCGGCGCGCGGAACUUGGUGAGGCGACCGCUCGCCUCAUGAUCAAGGGCGGGCACGAGAACGAGAUUGUUCUCUUAACCUCGGAAGAAACUAUCACUGCAAAGGAAGUAGUUGAUGUCAUCAAUGAAACUACAGGUCGGCAGGUGAAGUUCAAGAUUGUCUCACCGGAGGAGUACGCACGUGAGCACGGUGCGAAUGACCAAGGUGGCAAGCCACAGGCAUUCUUCGAAAUGGUUGCGACGUGGUGGGCGGAUAUUGCAAAUGGAGAGCUGCGCACGACGCAUGGGCUGAUGCGUGAGAUUCUGGGGAGAGAACCGACAAAGCCGAGGGAUGCGUUGAAGGCGCUGUUGACCGGAAAUCGGGACUACACAUGGCAUCAGAACUACGUUCGUUGA